GCGCAGCUCAUUUGAUAGUGAUAGGCUGUGAGCCUUUACAUAGCUUUUUAUGUCGAUAAUGAAUAUACGUGAGACUGAAUAAAUUAAGUGUGGUAUUGUAUUCGCGUGUUAGAGGCACCAGGCAGGCUACAGUUUUUGUCUCCAUGGGAAUAAAAAAUGCAUGUGCAUAUAAUUAGACUUCACGCCUUCAUUGCACCGGAAUGCACCAUCGUAGUUCCCCGGCAUAGUUAGCCUCCUCGCUAUGACAGGUUGGCACACAUAAAGCCUACUGUAUACAAAUGAACCACCAGACCGCCGCAUCAUCGAUGGGAUCAGACUAAAAAUAAAGCUAGGAAUAGGCUACCCAGACUGCGGGACGGAACCGGGAUCAUCUCGCGUUUCGUACGGUGGACGCACCGGCAAAAGGACUGCAGACCAUAACGGGACACUCCGCUAUAAAGGUCGCACGUGUCGAAUAUUUAGUAGAACUUCUCUUUGGAUUGGGACUGCCUAGGAACAUUAGACAUAUUUCAUUAUGUGUUGUUCGUGUUCUUCCCUGCGCUUUAUGUAGGCCUGCGUACACGUUGUUUGGGUUUUGUUCAAUUUCAGUUCCCGAAGUUCAUGUUUGUUUUCAUGUUAUAAUAGCUAUUCGGGACAAUACCUCAGUCAGAGUAGCCUAGUUGUGAAGAGUGCGACAUUUUGUAAGCACUCAGUAUCCCACAUUUCAGCCACUAAGAAAUGCAACGGGGUGAUUUGAGCAAAAUUCUGGGUAAUCCGAUUUAGCAGCUGUGGGCAAGUGUCGAAAUGUGAAAGAUGAGCUUUGGAUACCAGAGCUUCAGUCAGUGUGCCAGCAGCGCCUGCACACAGAGAAUCACUCGGGACAACAAGUCAACUGAGACAGUAGACUGAGACUGUGCUUCUCAGAUAAACAUUACAGUAAAAAAUAAUACAAAAUUAAAGGACUUAUUGGUUUAGUGUAUUCAGAUUUUCUUUUGAUUUAAAAGCUUAUUCAAAGCCAUAUAAAUAAAUAACAAAAAUAACCUCCUAUUUGACAAUAGCAAAAUCACUUGGUUUGUUAUCCAUGUCAUGGUUUGUCCUUUAAUUUGACAUUAAUUAAUUCUGGCUUAAGCAAAACCAAAAACCAAUGCCCCAGACCUCUGCCAGUCACUUUUCAGUUAAUUUUUUUGGUAAAAAUGUUUGAUUCCUUUUUUGUCAACAAACAAAAAAACAUUCCAGUGCCUCAACUGUGCCAUAUUAUCUCAGAGAUGUCGAUUGACGGAGGACCCGGUCAUGUUUGUGUGUGCUCCUUCCACUGCCUGUGUCUGUGUGUGACAAAGGAUUCAAGCAUGAUGGAUCAGGCAUGAGACUGCAUACGCGAGGGAAGAACACUGCAAAUAGUGCAGAAGGAAUAGUUGAAUGACACUCCAGACAACAUGGCCCAGAGAGUUAGUUAAGAGGCCUACAAGUCUACGACAGAGGAAAAAUUGGUACCCACUACAGAGAAGAGAGGAGUGUGAGUUAUUUCCUGGUGAAAGUGUCAAAUUGGAAUCAGUGCCCGAGGCAAGCAAUUACAGUUUGUAUUGAGCACUUCCUCCUCGCUGUGGGAAAUCCACCCUGAUCUGGAGUUUGAAACGUCGUGUUUCACUUGUUUUUUGAAUACCCUCGCUUUGAUUUCCUCAUUAUUGCCUUUCUAUUAGAUUUUUUUGGGGAUAUAGCCAUCUUCAAGCACACUUGGACUCACUUCACAGGAUGAAAUCCAUCCCUUUUUGAAAUGGGGCUUGUUUUUCGAAUUGUGCCAGUUGGAAAUGUGUCAGGACUGAGAACACAUGAGCAGGGUUUUCACCCAGCCCUAGUUUCCCCCAUCCCCCACCCUUAAACUGUAAGCCUGAGAUUGAGACACAAGGCACUGUCACUCCGCUCCUCCCCAUCCCGCACAUUUUGCGGGUUCAAAGGGUGAGAACCCCAAGUAGACUGCAAAAGGAGGAUGGGGAGUUCUGCCUCCUCUCUCACCGCGGAGACCGAGUCGGACCACGGCUUCCGGAGCACCCCGUACCCGUCGUCGCCUCCUAUGGGCUGGCUUAGGAACAGCCACAGCAGUCCUGUGUGGGGCACCACCUUCAUUACGCGCCAGCAGCAUCUGCCACCUCCACACAGAGAGCGCAGCCACUCUCAGUCGCCGGGCUCCAUGGCGGCGGCAGUACAAGGCAGCGAGUGGUCGUGCGGACGCUGCACCUUCCUGAACUCGGGAGUGGCGCCGCGCUGCUCCAUCUGCGAGGCGCCGCGCCAGAAACCCGACCUCAACCAGAUCCUGAGGCUGAGCAGCACCGAGGAGCAGCAACGCUGGGCCUGCCCCCGCUGCACCCUCAACAACCCCCAGGGCUCUGGCGCCUGCACUGUCUGUGGCUUCGGACCCUCGUUGGGCACCCCCACGCCGACCACAACCAUGGCCGCCACCACCAACGGCUUCCUUCCCCCGUCGCCGCAGCCUCCGGCGCCAGUCAUGACUCCCAUGGUUCUCCUGGAGCCCCGCGGGCAGCAGCCGGCCAAGGAGGAGGCGCUGAGGAGGUCGGAGAGCAACGGGGAGGUGGGGGGCCUGAGCGGCCUGGGUGGACCCGAGGGGCAGCAGCACCACCAGUCAGGCUGGGCGUGCCCGCGAUGCACGCUUCAUAAUACUCCUGUUGCAUUGUCGUGUUCAGCCUGCGGGGGACCAAGGAAACUGUCGCUGCCCAAGAUCCCACCCGAGGCGCUGGUGGUGCCCGAGGUUCGCACGCCCGUGCUAGGGUUUCCCGUCCACGUAGCAGGGGCCUCCGCCCCUCCACUCCUCAUAGACUUGACAGAUGACUCACCCCCCGCAGCCGCCCCCUGCGAACCCCAGGAGCCCCCCGACACCAACUUGCCUCCUACGCCACUCUCCUCCCCUUUCACUCCCUUCUCUUCUCUCCAGAACAACCCAGUGCCCCGCAGCAGGAGAGAGGUGCCCCCGCCAGGGCGGCCACCCAACCCUAACCUCAACGCCCCCAGCCCCACUUCGCCCUCCACGGCCUACGCGCCCCCUCCGCCCUGCCCCCCCCUCCGCCCUGCCAAGCCGAAGCAAGCCCAGCCUCAGGAGCCUUCCUUCCCCAGCAAGCGCCUCAGCAUCCUGGAGGAGGAGGACGGCCAUCACACGUCCCACGCCCCCGUUACAUCGCCCCCCACUUGGAAGUGCCCAGGAUGCUCCUUGCCCAACCUUAGCGGCUCGUCCAAGUGCGAGGCAUGUCGCUCGUCGCGGGCCGGUGCCGACCUCAUCGACCUGGUGGGCUGCGAGACGGUGCGCUUCACUCCGGCCAGCCCCUCCAGUCCGGACUUCAGCACCUGGGCCUGCUCCAAAUGUACCCUCCGCAACCCCACCGGGGUGGCCAAGUGCUCGGCCUGCGGUUCCUCCAAGCUGCAUGGCUUCCAGGAGCCUAGCUCUCGCUGCUGCCCGCACUGCGGUCUCCCCGGCCCCUGCUCCUGCUCCUCAGCCUCCUCCUCAUCGUCUUCUGGACACAAGGCCCGGAAACAAGCCCGGGUCUACCCCUCGCCCUCGGCCACCAACACCUCCUCCUCUUCCUCGUCCUCCUCGUCCUCCUCUUCCUCGUGCACGCUACUGCAGGAGAAGCAGUGGGGCUGUCCGGCGUGCACGCUGCUCAACGACGUCAAGUCUAAGAACUGCGCGGCAUGCCACACGGCCCAGCAGUACCUGACGCUGCGCAAGGUGGCCAAGCCACUGAAGAGGAGGGAGAGCAUGCACGUGGAGGCACGGCGGCGCAACGACGAAGGCGAAGCCAAGGAACUCUGGGAGAACAUCACCACCUUCUGUCGAGAGAACGUGGUGAACUUCGUGGACGACAGCUUCCCUCCCAGCCCCCAAUCCGUGGGUUUCCCCGAGGGCGACAGCGUCCAGCAGCGAAUCAAAAAGUGGCUCCGCCCUCACGAGAUCAACUGCAACAACUUUAAGGACCGGGGCGUCAAAUGGUCUGUCUUCCGCACCCCUCGGCCCUCGGACAUCCUGCAAGGCCUGCUGGGAAACUGUUGGUUCCUGAGUGCGUUGGCGGUGCUGGCAGAGCGUCCAGAGCUGGUGGAGAGGGUGAUGAUCACCAGGGGGAUCUGCCAGGAGGGGGCCUACCAGGUCAGGCUUUGUAAGGAUGGUACCUGGAUCACCGUGCUGGUGGACGACAUGCUUCCCUGCGAUGAGUACGGAUACCUGCUCUUCUCCCAGGCUCAGCGUAAGCAGCUGUGGGUGGCCCUGAUAGAGAAGGCCCUGGCCAAGCUCCAUGGCUCCUACUUCGCCCUGCAGGCGGGGCGCGCCAUUGAGGGCUUGGCCACACUGACGGGGGCGCCGUGUGACUCCCUGAUGCUGCAGGUCAGCUCCACCAACCCCCGUGAGGAGCCCAUCGACACGGACCUCAUCUGGGCCAAGAUGCUGAGCUCCAAGGAGGCCGGGUUUCUAAUGGGGGCGUCAUGCGGAGGAGGGAACAUGAAGGUGGACGAUGUGACGUACGAGUCCUUGGGCCUCCGCCCUCGCCACGCCUACUCUAUCCUGGACGUACGGGACGUACAGGGCUACAGACUACUGCGGUUGAGGAACCCGUGGGGUCGCUUCUCCUGGAACGGCAGCUGGUCAGACGAGUGGCCUGAUUGGCCGCAGCACCUCCGCCACGAGCUCAUGGCCCACGGCAGCAGCGAGGGCGUCUUCUGGAUCGAGUACGGAGACUUCAUCAAGUACUUUGACUCGGUGGACAUCUGUAAGAUCCAUUCAGACUGGCAGGAGGUGCGGUUACAGGGCUAUUUCCCUAGUAGAGCCUGUGGUCCUGUUACGGUCACCGCUCUGACCAUGCUGGAGAGGACCGCGCUGGAGUUCGCCCUCUUCCAGGAGGGCAGCAGGCGGUCGGACACGGCAGACAGCCACCUUUUGGACCUGUGUAUCAUGGUGUUCAGAGCGUCGUUUGGCAGUGGCAACAAGCUAACCUUGGGCAGGCUGCUGGCCCACAGCAAGCGGGCCGUCAAGAAGUUUGUGGGCUGCGAUGUGAUGUUGGAGCCUGGCGAGUACGCCGUGGUGUGCUGCGCCUUUAACCACUGGCAGAUGAACGUCAGCGGAGUGGGGCCACUCACACCAGUGUCGAGCCCCACCAGUGCACGGCGUCCCAACCAGGACUUCCCAGGUUACAUCCUGGCCAUCUACAGCUCCCGCCAGGUGAUGGUGGAGCAGGUGGAGGCUACCGCUACCACGCUGGCCGACGCCAUCAUCCUACUGACCGAGAACAAGGGGGAGAGACACGAGGGUCGCGAGGGCAUGACGUGCUACUACCUGACCCACGGCUGGGCGGGGCUGAUCGGGGGUGGAUCCGCCACCCCAGUGGUGGUGGAGAGCCGCCACCCACAGAGGUACCUCCACGUAACUGGCUACAGGUGUGACUGUACGGACAGCUGUAACACCGUAACUGGCACCAGGUGCAUGGAGGAGACCAUCGACACAGUACCACCGAGGUACCGGCAGGUGCUGGUGGUGCUAUCCCAGCUCGAGGGCAACGCAGGCUUUUCCAUCACCCACCGGCUGGCCCACCGUAAGGCCGCCCAGGCCUCCCUAGGGGACUGGACCCCCACCAAGGCCACGCACAGCCCCCAGCUCACCCCCGACAUCGACGGCCUGCACCGGCCACGGCCCCUAUGACCACGGCCCCCCUUCACGCACACACACACACACACAAGCUGAUGAUACUCACGUUGACACACGCGUACGUGAACACUUUCGUGCGGAAAGCGGGGGCUGUGUGACGCUGGAAUAGACACAUAUGGAUAGAGGGAGGGGUGGAUUGUGGAGACAUCCGUGGAAAGGAUGACUGGACGGAGUACUGGCGGUUUUCUUCCUCUUCUUCCUCCUCAAUCCAUAAAUGAUGGGGACUCGAUCCUGCCAAACCACCUGGAUCCAGUUGGGAAGGAGGCGAGGAGAGUGGGUGGAUGUGCCAUUUCGGAUGAGAUGGGAGAUGAGGGAGCCCUCCCAGGUGAUGUCAGUGUUUCUAGAGGGGUCCUGAGCCUGAGACCCUCCAACCAACCAGGAACGAUUCUAGACCUAGCCUCGUCAACUACAACACUGUACUGUUUGUCUGUCUAUGGACAAGGGAUAUUACCCAGACAGACACCCUGACCAGAACAGACCAUCGCCCGUUCUUUCUCUAACCCCCAACAGAUGUCAACGAACGCCCAGGAACACUGACUGUUGACCCCACAUCCCAAAGGCUAAAGGUCAUUCAGAGGCCAGGGUGGAGUGCUGUAACUGCUGAGCCACCUGGUGGCUGUUUCCCCACAGAGCCAAUCAACCACGCUGACCUGACUCCCUGACCCCACUGUUCUUGGUCUAUGGACCCACCCCACCAUACUCGAGGUAGAAGUUGCAUUGAGCUGUUCUAGGAUCAGCUUCCCCUCCUCAAAGCCUCACUCCCAAUAGUCGCUGCUGUGUGAGGUUUAGUUUGGGAUGGGGAUAGAGGGGGAGGGUUAGUUGCUAUCUCCCCCAAGCCCCCUGUCCUGCCUCCUGUACCCUGCACCUUUGGAGCUGUCAACAAUCAACAGGAUUGGGGGCGGGGGGGUUACAAUUCUUCCCCCGUCUCUACACCAUGGUACGACGUGAGCCAAACCCGACUAGCGAUUUAACCACAGUCAUUUACAUUUUUUAAAGAAGUUUUAUUGUCUUUGGUCUGUAUUUUGUACGGUGCUUGAAUCGUUUAACGAUCCAUCUAGGUUACCAUCUCUCCAUCCGUCUCCUCUGUCUUUCUGUCGGUCAACUGUCCAAGCCCUCCCCUGUUUUUCCUGCUGUUGAAAUGCUGUGUUAUUAUUUCUCCCAACGCAAGUCAAAGCCUGUCCACCUCAAAUAUAAGGACUGGACUCUGACUCUGUUUCGAAGAAAAUGUCAAAUCAAUGUGUAUCAUAUAUGUCCCGUACGGAACAUAUAGCUGAGCUGGAAUCUUCACGGUGUUUGCACCUCGCUGUUGUGACUCGACUUGCUGUCGUUCGUUAUCCAUGCGGUCCAGAUCGGUGUCAGCAGCCAUUUUCUUUUUUUUCUCUUUUUUUUUUUCUUUUUUAAACACAGUCGUCUCUAUUGCUGUUCCAGCAUAUCUGGUGAAUAUUAUCUGGGUGUCGAGAAAGAGGAAAUGUAACCUCUUGCCCUCUAUUUUCUCUCUCUGUCUGUCUUACUUUCUCCCUCAGUUCAGUGAUCAAUGCCGAAGGAGGCAAGAGAUCUUCUUUUUAUUUUUUUUCUGCUCUGUCUCCCGGAGGUUGAUUGACUUUGCACAUUGUCAAGCCUGUCUGUUCACAUUUGGUACGUCAAUUCUCGCUCCGGCAUCAGCAUCAACUCUUCAGCUAUACAAAGCUGGUUUAAGUCCUGUUGGGGAAAAUACAACAGUGGAGGUCAAUGGAUCGUUGUCACAUUGUGUGCCAUAUUUCCCAGGAUGCACAGGGAGCAGUGAGGGAUGUGAGUGAUGUCACAACUGUUGUUCAUGUUUUACGCCAGAGCCAUCAGACUUCUAGCCUGGUUGACAAUACAGUGUUCAGUCUGAUUUAACCAGACUUCACCAAGGCAUCAAAAAUCCCUCGUUUUAAGCUGAAACAAUUCACUCGUUCCAUCUCCUGUCAGAGGAGAAAAUCCUUAACACACGAUACCGUCUUAGUUGGCCGAGAUUUGGGAGAUUUCUUGGGAGUUAAGUAGAAGAACUUAAAGAUGUAACUUAAGUCUAAGUUAAGGCAGAAAUCUUUCAUUUUCUGUAAUAAAAUGAAUUGGGAAAACCUGGGAUGAAAAGAAGUUUGGGGGUACAAUCGAAAGAUGAUUUGUUUAGGCUGUUUUGGAUGUAAUGAUUUGCAUAAAUACAUUCACCUUCCUUUGCAUGUUUUCGAAUGUACUGUAGUGUCCCCCCCCCCCACCCCCCCCCCACAAAAAAAUGGAAAAAAGACCUUGAGCUGACGACGAUGUCACACAUAUGACAGUUUUGACACCACUCGUGACAAGUAAAUAGCCUGACAACGUCAUGAUACGUGUCGUCUCGUGCAAUACAACCACUUCUCACUUGUUGGAUAGCCAACUAGUAGCAUGUUUCAUGACGGUGUCAUCGAGUACUGUAUGUAUUAUGACCUUAAUGCAGCUCAAGUUGUCCACUGUUAUAGUCAAUGUUUAACAUGUACCGGAACACUUUCAGGAGAAUGACUAUUUGCUCUCUGCGAUUGCAGCCAAGUAGCUGUCCAUUCUGUAUGUUAAUUCAUUUAUUAUUGUAAAAAAAAAAAAAAAAAAAGAUUUCAUCAAAGCACAAGAAAACCUGCUCUUAUAAAAUGUAAAAUGUGUGCGAGAAGGUUUGGAUACAUACAGUAUAUAUGCGUGUGUACGCUGUGGAUAUGAUGCGUACUGCCUGAGUGAACCAUCCAUUGAUUGAUAGGUGACAGAAAAAAAAGGAAUGUUUAUAUGUUUUAGCCCAGUGGGACUGUCUUUACUCGGAAACUGAAACCUGCACUGAAAAAAAAUACCUGGAAUCAAAGGCACCUCAAAUGUCAGCGUCAUGAGGCUCUGUGACUUCACUUUACAUGUUGUGUGCUUACAUUUAGUUUUUGUUGUUGUUGUUGAUAUAUCUGUUUUUAUUCAUGUUGUCAUUUCGCUCUCUCUCUCUCUCUCUCUCUCUUCAUGUCGUUCCUGUGGAUAAUUCUAUUCGUCUCGUGUUGAGAUGUGGUGGGGACUCUUCCUGGCAGUAGGGGUUGGCCCGUGGUGUUCACUAGAGGCUGUGGCCGUUCACAGUCCAUAGCCAACAGCCUCUAACUAUCUGGUUCUGUCGCUUGUAAACUGUACAGACUCCAGUGUUAUAAUCCACCUCAACCGACACAGUGAACCAACUGUUUUACCUUGUACAAAAAUCUAAUCAAAUCCAACAGAAUGCUGUAACAGAAAAUUGAUCUCUUAUUUGGGCAGGAAUGUGAUAUAUAUAUAGAGUAUUUUAUUGAUUUGGGGGGGGGGUGUAUAUGUAUAAAAACCUAUGUAUGUUUAAUUUUCAAUCUCAGGUUCCAAUGGACCAAAUAAAGUUUUUUUUAAAUAACA